AUGCUAGUUUGCAUAUCGCCGGAGGUCACAAACCAGCCGACAAAUCUGAUCCCCGACUCCGGGCCUAUCAAACUUGAAACUCCUGAUGGCCGCACGUACAAUUUUGAAUUCCUCAAUCUUGACCUGAUAGUUCUUACAACUGGGUGGCGGGACUUUGUGGAUGCAAAUCACAUACAACAAGGUGACCCCAUGCUGUUUGUCUAUAGUGGGAAUUCAACCUUUAAGGUUCACAUAUUCAAUUCACCCGGCCGCAACAAGUUUUUGUCCUCUUCUGAACCACCUUGUGAUCAUCAUGUGCUGAAUGAACAAGUGGUGCCUCAUCCUGGGCAUGUUGAUAGGCCAGCCCACUUUGGCUAUACCUUGUUGCCCGGGAGCUUUGUAACCAAGGCACAAGAUGACAAAUUGCUAGAAUGGGCUAAUACCAUCAAGUCUGGAUUUCCUCUUUUUGUGGCAGCCAUGGACGAGAGCAAUGUCAGCUUGAACGACUGCCAUGUUUACAUACCACUGUGGCUUGUGGGCCAGUUGAAAGAGGAGGUGGUCAAGAUUGUAUCCCCUGACGGGAAUAUAUAUGCUGUUGGAGCAAAGAAGCACAAUGAUGAUCAAAUUGUACUCCAAUCUGGGUGGGAUAGGUUUGUGACUGAUCAGUGCAUACAACAGAAUGACUUCCUCAUUUUCAUAAUUAAGGGGGAAACUCGCCUCAAAGUUCUGGUCCUUGACCCAAGCGGUAGUGGGAAAACUUUUGCCGUGGGAAACUCUUCCAAUGUCCAAGAAAAGCCACCACUCCCACCUACAGUUACUAACCUGAGUUGUGAUGAUGAUGAAGUUGUGGGAAAAGACACCACAACGUCAAGGAGGGAGCAGAGGCCGCUACGAAGUUGUCGUGCAAAAGCUGAGAAGAUGGCUUCAACAUCCUGCCCUUCUACUAAAUCAGGUCAUAGACACAAAGCUGGCAACUCAAAUGAAGCCGGUUUAGAAGCUCCUAUGCCCAACAAGUCCUACAUAGUGGCCCAAGCAGGGGCGACGAAGCUAACUGUGCAACAGGAGGAGAAAGUUAAGGAGAAGGUCCGGGCGAUUGGAUCUAAAUUCCCUGUGUAUGUGAAGGUGGUGACGCCAUACGAUGUUAUUGAGUAUUCACAGCUGAGAUUGUGCAUGGAAUAUGCUUCGGCGUGUUGUCUCCCGCUCGAACAAACACCUCUCCUGCUUGAGCUGGAGGGUACCGAUAUGUGGUGGCCUAGCACAUUGAGGGCCGAGAAAUAUAAGAAGGUGAGGUUGAUUUCCUCGUUCUGGAACGACCUUGUCCUGGAGGCCCGGAUGAGGAAGGGAGACAUCCUCCUCAUCGAACUGGCAGACAGGAGCAGCGAGAGGCUCAGGAUGACGAUCCAUCUGAUCCGUAAGUCAGAAAUGCAGCUCUAG